UCGGGUGUGAGUUGUCGCAAGGUUGAGGAUGACUAACUACUUCACAUAUUCUGCUGUGCUUCCUCGAGCAGGAGAUAACAGGUGGAACUAGAGAGAGGGGGUAGAAUUUGAGAAUAACCAGCUUUUUCUUACCUAUUCCACAGCAUCCCCCCAAAACACGUGUGUGUGUACAGGCACACACAUACCCCGAGUGAUUAAAUAUGUGCGUGCACACACAUAUACCUGAGUAAUUAAGCAUGUGUGCAAACACACACACACACCCUGAGUGGUUGGUAAGAGUUCUGAUAAUUACAAAUUAUUGAAGUGCUUUCUUUGCCUUCUUGGGGGAAAGACAGGAGGUGGGGAUUACAUCCAAAUUUGGCAUGCCUCCUGGAUAUGUCUUUAUGGUGAAUAUUAUCCAUCAUGUGUGUGGAAGUUGAAAAUCAAUGAUGUUGGAACAUCCCACUCCCCACCUCCUGUUUCCAAACAUUUCCACCUUCCACGAUCCAGCUCAAGGCUCAUCCCUCAGUGAAGUCAUGUCUCACUUAUGUACACUGUCUCUACACUUACAGCCCUCAUGGACCAGGCAUGGUAAGCACAUGACAACUUCUCUGGGCAUUGGUUUCCUCAGUCAGUAACGAGAAUGCCGCCCAACCUGUCAUUGGGAACUGGGGCAAGUGAUCUCUAAAUUAUAAAAGUGCUACAAAACACUAGACGAUUAAACCCUUGCUUGACUAGAUUGUCUCUUGUUUGCCACUAUUCCCUUACAUUUGUCCUUCCUCCCGCCUGCCCUACCUGCCUCCUCUCUUCUAGUGCUCUGGGAAUGGAAACAGUGUCUGUAUCUUUCCCUUUGGGUAGCCCAGAAACUUAUCUAUAGAAACCCCUGCACAAUAUUUUGCAUGGACUAGAAAGACUUGAGGAAACUGAGCCUAGAGGAGUUAUCCAUCAGGGGUAACGUUUCCCACCGCCACCCUGGGACAUUUGGCAGUGUCUGGAGGCAUUUUUGAUUGUCAUGACUGUGUGUGUUUGGGGGAGAUGCUGCUGGCAUCUAGUGAGUCAAGGUCAUGGAUGCUGCUCAACAUUCUUCAAUGCACAGGACAGCCCUUUACAACAAAGAUCUAAGGGGCCCAAACACGAGGGCCAAGGUUGAGAAUCCCUGAUCUAGACAAAUAAUGAAAAUAUAGAGCAUUAGACUCCACAACAGCAGAGCUGGGCUUGAGACAGGCUGGGACCUGGGGUCCUUUGCAGCAGCGCUGCAGUUCUGCAGUGCUUGCACCUGGACACACCUCUCCUCAAGCAACAAAAUACAAAGAAACUGUAUGGGACUAAAAAUAACUGCAUGAUAAUUUGGGGCAAAUUCUGGACAAAAGAUACAAAGAGACCAAAAAAACCCAACUGCCAAUUUGGAAGAGCCCAGAGCAAAAACUGGGUGUGGGGAGCAAAAGCAGGGUACCGAGCAUGCCCCCUGCACCCAACACCACCUAAGGGGUGGGCAAACCACCUAAGCCACGCCUCCGACUUGACCCCUGGACACACCCCUACCCUCACCCCAUGUAAGGAAUAAGCUCGACCCCCUCAGGGAGCGAACAAUCAAGGGAAACUGUUGUUUGUUCUCACUCUCCUCUGCUGCAGCAGGGUCCCCAGAAAAGCCUUGCCUGAGUUUCUUGUCUUGCCUCUAGUCAAUUUCUAUCACUUGGGGAAGGCCAAGAGCUCUGGUCGGUAUCAGGCUGAGGCGGGGCUGAAGUUGGACAGGUCUGCACCAGAGCAGCUGGUUACACCAGCGGCUUCAGGGACACAUAUACCUUCACGUUUGUGAAAUGUUUCAGGGUUUCAAAGAGCUUUCACAUGUUAUCAUCUCUGACCUUUCAUAAGAGUCCUGAGAGGUCCUCCUCUUCUCAUUUCCAUGCCUUACUAGUCAACUGGCAGCAGAAGAAACUGGGCGAACAAGCAAGUCAUUUUCUGAAGGUCUCAGAGACAGCUAGUGAUUAAGCCAGGGACCCACCAUCACCUGGCCCACCCAGGUGCUCUUCCUCUGCUCCCUGCUUUUUGUUAAAGCAGAAGUGGCCAAGGGUGAGACAUCAGGAAGCUAGACUACUCGGUAAUUGGGAAUCAGAGAGCCACCUGAGCUAGAGAGGGCAUGGGCCCCUCUGCUCUGGCAGUAGACAUUGAUCGGCUUCCCAAAACUGCAGAGGAGACUCAAGCCCCAUACAUAUGCUCUAGUAGUCCUUAUGGCCCUAUGUAGGAGCUUCACGCCCCAUUUGAAAACCUUUAAGAACCAGCAGAGGGAAAUGGAACAGAAGUGUUUCCUAAAGAAAAUGUUUCCUAAAGCCAGUAGAGGGCACUCACAUCAGGUGAUCUGCAGGUGGCUCAACUGAGAGCUGGAAGAAGCUUUAGACCGUGCUUCUUAAACGUUAAUGUGCAUGUGUACAAGGGGUUAAAAGGCAGAUUCUGAGGCUAUAGGUCUGGAGCAGGACCUGAGCUUCUACAUGGCUCACCAGCUCCUGGCGAAGCUGUUACUGAGCUAGUUUUGUUUGCCUGACCAGCGCUGAGACGCUGAGGUUUACAGCAGAGGAAGGGUUUAUUCACAAGGCAGCCAAGCGAGGAGACAGGAGAAUAGGUCUCAGGUUCUGCCUCAAAGGCAAGAGGCUUGGGAUAUUUGUGGGUGGAGAGUAUAGGGUGGUCGAAGGUCCAGGGGAAGGUGAUUGGAGGCAGGAAAAAGGCGAGGUAAUCGAUGAUCUGCACCAGCAUAUCUGAGUUACAUGCUUCUUCAUGGGACACAUGCUUAGAAAAUGGUGGCAGUAGCAUGAUCUGAGGGUGGAGCUUUUGGCCCUCUGACGUCAAAAAGUCACCCAUCAGACACCUGUGCAGGCCCAGCUGAAUGGUUGGUGGUCUCAACCGGUUUGAACUGGGUAAGACUAGCUCCAUGUUCCUUAAAAACAACUUAAGCAAACAUUACUCUCAGAGGUGUUUUCUAUAAGGGGCUGUUAAAGGAGUCUUGAUAUAUAUUGUCCAAGCUACAUGAAGUUUGGAGGGUAUGCAAUUUGCAAAACAAAUUAAGCUUGGUCAGUGAAGGCAGUUUACAGGAUAUUAUUUACUAAGCACAUUAUAGUCUAAGGGAAUCUAACUGAUGACUGCCCUCGGUUUCAAAGCCUUCCACUGAUCACACCCUGAGUAGCAAGGUAAUAGAUGCUCUCUCCAGUCCUUUCCUUCUACAGCUGGUACACCUGAGGCCCAGAGAAGAAGUGGACACUGUAAGUCUGCAGUGCCGGGGAUAGAACCUAUGUCUCCUGCAUCCAAUUCUUGCUUUAUGACAUCUUCCCUGCUCCUGUGACCCUGGAACAGAAUUAAGGCAGGAGGAUUCAUCUCUAAGUAAGGGUGAGAAUGUCUUCAGAGAGCAUGAUCUACAUGAAACCUAUUAUUUGAUGUUUGUUGAGGCCUGCACUGGUUCUAUUAGAGGGGAUCCUGAUAGAUGUGACAUCUGGGGAAAUACUCCUUUACAUUAUGCAGCCUCCAAUGGUCAUGCCCACUGUGUCUCAUUUCUGAUCAACUUUGGUGCCAACAUCUUUGCCCUAGACAACGAUUUACGGUCUCCACUGGAUGCUGCUGCCAGCAGAGAGCAGAAUGAAUGUGUUGGUCUCUUGGAUAAGGCUGCCACUGCCCAGAACAUCAUGAACCCCAAGAAGGUCACCAGGCUGAAGGAGCAGGCUCAGAAGAAUGCCAGGAGGCAGAUCAAAGAGUGUGAGAGGCUCCAGGAGAAGCACCAAAAUAAGAUGGCCCGCACCUACAACAAGGAGGAAUCUGGGACUCUUUCUUCUUCCAAGGGCACUUUCUCCAGGUCACCCCUUUCAAAUGUUUCUGCUUCCAACACAUUUGGGUCACUGUCUAAGGGCAUUAAAGACACCUUUAAAAUAAAGUUCAAGAAGAACAAAGAUACAGCAGAGCCGUUAGGGAAGGAGAGAACAAGUGGGCAGAAGAACGUGAUGGAAGUGUUCAGAGAGGAGGAGGAGGAGGAGGAGGAGGAAGGUCACUUCUCAGGGGACUUCAAAGAGAAGCUCCAGUUCUCAGCAAAGGCAGACAGCUGUGUGCAACACGAAUCCAUUCUCAACCGUCCAGGUCUAGGAAAUGUUGUUUUUAGAAGGAACAGAAUAUUGAGCCCUGAAGACAUCUCAGACAGCAAGAGGGAGUUGGGGUUUAAAAUGCCCAGUGAAUUGCUUCAGAGACAAGGAGGAGCUGAGGCUGAUGAAGAGGGAGCGGAAAACAACCAUGAAGACGAUCUGCCUUGGGAUGAGGACGAAGUGGAAUGGGAGGAAGAUGUGGGUGAUGCUACUCCCUUGGAAGUGUUCUUGCAGUCCCACUACCUGGAAGAAUUCCUUCCUAUUUUCAUGAGAGAGCAGAUUGAUCUGGAAGCUCUGCUGCUUUGCUCUGAUGAGGACCUUCAGAGCAUACAAAUGCAGCUGGGUCCCAGGAAGAAAGUCCUUAAUGCCAUAAACAGAAGGAAGCAGGUGCUACAACAGCCUGGGCAGUUGGUCGACACCAGACUUUGAUGGAGUGUUGGGUCAACUGGGUGAGUCUGCAGCAGUGGGGUGAUGCUGUGGCCCACUGGAAACAUUUCAGGCAUUACCCACUCUCUACCCAAUACCAGAAUACUGGGUUUCUAGGGUUUUGGAGGUGUCCAUCUAAGAGGCCCAAAUUCUACUCUGAGAAAUACUCUAUACCUGUCCACAUAAACCGCUCAUGAGAAACUCAAGGAGACCUGGGAAUAAGAAAAUGACAUUUCUCUUCAAUUAUCUUUUUGAUAUUUUUGAAUACAGAAAGGAUUAAAUGGAUGACAGAGAAGGGAAAAAACUUUCCUCACUUUCCUAACUCUGGACUUAAAAUUAUAAUCUCUCAUCACAUUAGCUGCUGCUUAAUUUCUGAUCCUCAUAGCUGGGGAUUCUAACUCCAGUUCUGUCCUUAGCUCUAUGACUUUACCUGUUGGCGGAGACUAAAGUUCCUCCAUUGGCCUGUGGCGUGAUGCCCAACUUAAAUGUGUCUAACCUUUCAACAGAUGUUUACAUGUUUACAAGUAAUAGAAAUGGGUCUAUAGUACUCCUGCCUGGGAACAGAGAGAAGAUGGCAGGUAGAGAGAGAGAAGAAAGAAACAGAAUGUAUGUUACCUGUAUGGACUAAAUUUUGUCCCUCCAAAAUUCUUAUGUUGAAACCGUAAUCCCUAAUGUGACUGUAUGUGAAUAUAAGACCUUUAUUAAAGAGCUCAUUAAGAUUAAAUGAGGUCAUAAAGGUG